AGUAUUACUCAUAUUUGAAAAAUGGCUUCCAGAACCCAAUUUGAAAACUCCAACGAAGUCGGUGUCUUCUCCAAGUUGACCAACUCCUACUCACUUGUUGCCGUGGGGGGAUCCGAGAACUUUUACUCUGCUUUUGAAGCAGAAUUAGGUGAUGUCGUCCCCAUCGUUCACACCACCAUCGCGGGUACUAGAAUCGUCGGUAGAAUGACCGCCGGUAACAGAAGAGGAUUGUUGGUCCCCACCCAGACCACCGACCAAGAGUUAAUGCAUUUGAGAAAUUCUUUGCCUGAUUCAGUCAAGAUCCAAAGAGUUGAAGAAAGAUUAUCUGCUUUAGGUAAUGUGAUCUGUUGUAAUGACUAUGUUGCGUUGGUUCAUCCCGAUGUCGAAAGAGAAACCGAAGAGUUAAUCGCCGAUGUGUUGGGAGUUGAAGUGUUCCGUCAAACCAUCGCUGGAAAUGUGUUGGUUGGUUCAUACUGUUCAUUGUCUAACCAGGGUGGAUUGGUCCAUCCUCAAACUUCUAUUCAAGACUUGGAAGAGUUGAGUUCAUUGUUACAAGUGCCAUUGGUCGCAGGUACCAUCAACAGAGGGUCUGCUGUUGUCGGUGCUGGUAUGGUUGUGAAUGAUUGGUUGGCGGUGUCUGGUUUAGAUACCACUGCUCCAGAAUUGUCGGUUGUCGAGUCUAUCUUCAAGUUACAAGAUGCUCAACAAGAUGCCAUCACGGGCGACUUGAGAGAUACGUUGAUUGAAACGUACUCCUAGGUUCCCUAGACGGAUCUUAUUAAAUCUUGCAUCUUUUAUGACUUAUGAACUAAAAUUUUAUAUAUAGUAAUUGGUCUGCAUUGGUUUUAUGUGCAUCAUGCUGAAUAAUUUGUAUAGUAGCUCUUUGAUACAACCAACUCCUAA